AGAAAGCUGGAACCCUUUCAAGGCCAAAACUGGAAACUCACUCUAAAAAGGAAGCUCCAGAGUCUAGACUGUAGUAUUGCAUUCAUUCAACUUUUUGGUAUGAAAGGAUGAUGUUGGGCAUAAGGAAAUUUUAUCAUUUUGAGAACCCAGUCACUUUUGGUGGUCGAUUUAAGCCUGAUUUGUUUCCAAAGACCCAGAAGUGUCCAUCUCUCGUUAGAGCUUCUAGACAAGUGAAAGCAUUUGCUACCAUGGUUAAAGCCAUUAGAAUCCAUGAGAAUGGAGGACCUGAGGUCCUUAAAUGGGAAGAUGUGGAAAUAGGGGAGCCUAAGGAAGGUGAGAUUCGUGUUAAAAACAAAGCUAUUGGGUUGAACUUCAUUGACAUCUAUUACCGCAAGGGAAUUUACAAGACGGACUUGCCUUUUGUUCCAGGUUUGGAGGCUGCUGGAGUGGUAACAGCUGUGGGUCCCGGAUUAACAGGUCGGCAAGUAGGGGACUUGGUUGCAUAUGGUGCUGGUCCAUUGGGUGCCUAUGCUGAAGAGCAAAUCCUGCCUGCAAGUAUUGUGGUGCCCAUUCCACCUUCUAUUGAUCCUAUGGUUGCAGCUGCUGUUAUGAUCAAGGGUAUGACUGCUCAGGUCCUUGUUCAGAAAUGCUUUAAGGUGGAAAAGGGACAUACGGUUCUUGUUCACGCAGCAGCUGGGGGAUGUGGAUCUCUAUUGUGUCAGUAUGCCAAUGCUCUUGGUGCCACUGUUAUUGGGACUGUAUCGACUGAAGAGAAGGCUGCCCAAGCCUCUGAAGAUGGAUGCCAUUACCCCAUAAUCUACACAAAGGAAGACUUUGUUUCUGCAGUGAAGAAGAUAACUAAUGGUGAAGGAGUCCAUGUGGUUUAUGAUUCAGUUGGAAAAGACACCUUCGAGGGUUCAAUCGAGUGCUUGAAGUAUCGUGGUUACAUGGUGAACUAUGGCCAGUCAUCUGGCUUCCCGGACCCAGUCCAUCUACCAACUCUUGCCAAGAAGUCUCUCUUUCUCACAAGGCCCAUGCUCCCGCACUAUACGCAGACUCGUGAUGAGCUGCUCAAAACAGCCAGUCAGCUCUUCACUAACAUUGCGUCAGGGACUCUAAAGGUGCGAAUAACCCGCACUUACCCACUCUCACAGGCUGCCCAAGCUCAUACUGAUCUUGAAUCGAGAAAAACCACCGGGUCUGUUGUGUUGAUUCCUGACGCCUAAUAAAUGUCUCAUUAUGUUUGCAAGUCAUCCAUGUGUGUGGUAGCGAGGGAAUUACGGGAAGCAUGAAUGGGGAGAGGUUGCAGAUUCAAUGUGAGCUGAGGGGUUAUGCGAAAUUGGCCUUUCUCUGUGCUCUAUUUGCAUCAUCUUUUGUAGCAAACCAGGAAAGGCAACCAUGCUCAAAAAUGUUUUGCAAUAGGAGUGACGGGCUUCUUUGUGCAUGCUAAGAAACUUUACAAUAUUGUGAUUUGCUUAGAUUACUGAACUUUCUGACCUAAAUAUUUCCCCUUUCCAUUGGAUAGUACUUUUGGUUGCAUUUCCAUUUGGUAAUAACUAUCCUCCUUGAAGUUGGUAGCCC